AGCAGAAACAUUCAACAAAACAAUAUGGAUGAAGAUAAUUCCAACAUUAAGAAUAAAGAAUCUGGUGGAGAAGAAAAAAGAUACAGGGGAGUGAGAAAGAGGCCAUGGGGAAAAUAUGCGGCAGAGAUAAGGGACAUUAAUAAGAAUGGAGUGAGGGUGUGGCUGGGAACUUAUGCUACUGCAGAAGAAGCUGCUAGAGCUUAUGAUAAAGCCGCAUUCGAAAUGAGGGGUCGUUUUGCAGUUCUCAACUUUCCUCAUGAGCAUCCGUCUUUCUCCUCUGAUCACUCUUCUUCGACUUCGUCUUCGUAUUCGAUGGCAUCUUCAUCAACGUCCCAUUCUUCAGUUCACAAUGCGCAUGAAGUGAAAGAAGUGAUUGAAUUUGAGUACUUUGAUGAUAAGCUACUGGAGGACCUUCUUGGCUUCGAAUCUGAUAAAACCAAGUUUACGUAGAUAUGAACUGUUAGGUUUUAUGAAUUAUUUACCUUUGCAUUUGCAUUGCUACUUCUAUUGCUCCGUGCUAGCUGAUCAUUCUAAUAAAGAUACACAGUUGUACCUUAUUCAGUUGUACCUUAUUCAUUCUAUGUUUUCUUGCUUUGUAGUAUUUCCUUUGUCAACUUUUACUUUGUUAAGUUUAUUUUA